AUGGCGUGGCAAGCAUCCAGCGCCUGGAAGAAGUCCUUGCCCAAGGAUUCAAGUAACGAUGACUCAAGCUUUCCCGGCCUCAAGCCCACAACACCAGACGCAACAACCAAGAUCGAGUAUGAGGAGCUGCAGCAGAAUGAGCUGCUGGCUCUCGAGGCCAUCUAUGGGGACGAUUUCGUGAAGCACAACGACACCCAUAGCGCCUGGAAGAAAACGGAGCCGUCAUUCGAUAUUCGGAUCAAGGCAUCCACCGACAGCGACUUUGCCGUGACUGUUGGGUUUGUCAUGACCGCUACCUACCCCAAAUCGCCGCCUCUCUUGACCGUCAAGGACCUCGACGGCCUGCGCGAGUCUACACAAUACAAGAUUCAGAAAUUUGUCGACACUGAGCCUCGAGAAUUCGCCAAGGAUGAACAGGAAAUGGUUGACAGGAUUGUCGAAGGCAUUCGCGACAUUCUAGAGGAUGCAGCCCAAGUCAAGGCAUCCGGCAAGCAGCUGCCGUCCCUCGAAGAGGAACGAGAACGACACGAGGCAAAGCUGGCAGAGAAAGCGUUGCAGCAGAAAGAAGAUGAAGCACGCAAGAAGAUUGAGGAGACAAAGGAGGAAGAGCGCGUCAUGUCGGAGAUGCUACAGCAGCAGAUUGACCGACAGCGGCAAAAGGCCAAGGAGUCGAGGCUCAGUCGACGUCCCAACGGCGUAGGGGCCACGCCCAGCGACAACUCUGCCACCUCUAUCGAAAAGAUUGAGUUUGACCAGUUCUGCCACAUGAAGAACAAGGAGGGUAACAACCUCAGCUUCAAAGCAGUAACUGGAAAAUGCGACCCCAGAGAGGGCCAGGUCACUGUUGUGUACACGGUCCGACCAGUCCUGGCCAAUGGGCAGGGUGACCAGACAUUGGCGCUAAAGGAAGCGAUCCUGAGACCCAACGGCAGAGACCCCAAGGAAUUCAAGAAGCAGUUGCAGUCUGUCGAGUCUCGACUGCAGGAGCUAAAGAACACAAAGGCGAUCCAUCACCGCCGUCUAGUCGACAUUUUGGAUUUCAAAGUCGAAAGCGGCAAGUCGGCCGACGGAGGAGGCGUGCCUACAAAUUUCUGGACGGUCAGGAUAUUGAUGCCAAUGGCUGCCAAGGGUUCGCUCGAGGAGCUGCUGGAGCUGGCGGGACACCUUGAACUGGGCAAAGUACGGUCUUGGACUAGAGAUUUAUUAGAUGCCCUGACCUUUCUUCACUCCAAGAACAUUGCGCAUCAGGAUAUUCACGCAAGCAACGUGCUCUUGUUCCGAGAGUCUACGGGCGAGUUCGUGCCUAAAUUGUCCGACUGCUGGUUCCAGCGAGAGAUUCACAAUGCCAGCACCCCAAAGCCAGGUCUCCCGGGAUUAACCACUGCAAAGUCGGCAUACUGGCUGCCGCCAGAGAUUGCCGGACAGUCCAAGCCACAGUACACAUACAAGACGGACGUCUGGGAGUUUGGCAUUGUAUUCACCCAAAUGAUAUUUGGUCUAGACGUUUUACAAAAGUACUCGUCGCCACGCAACCUGAUACAGGAACUGAGACUCACUGUGCCCCUCGAGGAGCUGGUCAGCCGAUUCUUUAAGGAGGACAAGCAAAAGCGACCUCGGCCGUUCGAGCUGGGCUCGAGCGAGUUCCUCGCCACCGAUGCUCCUGUAUUUGCAGAGUCCGAUGAUUCUAGGGCACUCUCGACGACGCCGUCACUCACGUCGCUGCACGUUGUUCCUGCAAGGCUCAGGCGCGAUUCGAUGAGUCGUGGAGCGGCCGUGUCUAGAUACACUGAAGAUUUUGUGGAAGAGGGUCGUCUCGGAAAGGGCGGAUUCGGAGAGGUUGUAAAGGCGCGGAAGAAGCUUGACGGACAAAUCUACGCCAUCAAAAAGGUCACCCAGCGAUCUCACGUCAGUUUGACCGACAUCCUAAAGGAAGUGCGCAUGUUGUCGCAGCUCAGCCAUCCAGCUGUGGUACGAUACUACAAUACAUGGGUUGAAGAGGUCCCCGACACUACCGAUACUGAAGGCGAAACAUCCACCGAGGGCUACACCGAGGAGACGGAACAAACGGCCUCUGAUGGUAUCGACAUUCAAUUUGCGACCAGUACAGGUGGACUUGAUUUUAUGUCAUCCAAUGCAGCAAUCGAGUUUGGCUAUGAUAACGACAGCGAUGAUAACGCCAUUGAAGACGACGAUUCCGAGGAUGACAAUGACGAUGACAGCUCGAUUGUGGGCGACUCGGCGGGCCAUCGUGUCGUGAUACCAGACAGGGAGCGGGCUGCACAGGUUCUUCGGCGGGCGAGGCAGCAGCGAGCGUCUCGGACAAUCCUCUACAUUUCCAUGGAAUACUGUGAAAAGCGUACACUCCGCGAUCUGAUAUCCCGCAAUCUGUACAAGACGACGCCUGAGAUUUGGCGGCUGUUCCGGCAGAUCCUCGAAGGCAUGUCUCACAUACAUUCGCUUGGUAUUGUGCACCGUGACCUGAAGCCUGAGAACAUUUUCAUCAGUAGUAGUCAUGAGGGCGUUGACAAUGUCAAAAUUGGCGACUUUGGUCUCGCCACUACCGGGCAAUUUUCAGUCGAUAAAGUCGCUGCCAAUAGUCUUGAGAACGACGGCAUGACUCGAAGUAUUGGCACGGCAUAUUACUCUGCCCCUGAAGUUAGAUCGGCUGGCAACGGACUUUAUAGUUCAAAAGUUGAUAUGUACUCGCUAGGCAUCAUCUUUUUCGAAAUGUGUUACCACCCAAUGGUCGGAAUGGAAAAGGCAGACGUUAUUGGAAAACUACGACGACCCAAACCAGAACUACCAUCAGAUUUCAAGCCUGCCGAGAGGUCGCAGACGGAGAUUGUCCUGUCUCUGGUCAACCACAAUCCCAAGGAGAGACCGUCGUGCGCCGAUUUGCUGAAGAGCGGCAAGCUUCCCGUGCAGAUGGAAAGCGAAACCAUUCGGCGAACCCUGGCAGGCCUAUCCGACCCCAGCUCACCGUAUUAUACCAAGAUGCUGUCGACCUUGUUUGCCCGUCCGCGCGAUGCGGCCAAGGACUAUGCUUGGGACUUGCUCGGUCCGCACCCUGGUCCAAACGAACUUUUGAAUCAGGGCGUGGUCCGGAGCACUCUCGUUUCCAUCUUUCGGCGACAUGGAGCGGUGGAAGUGUCGCGAACAUCCAUCUAUCCCAGGUCGAACCAGUACGGGGAAAAUGUCGUGCAGGUGCUGGACCCGAAUGGUAUGGUUUUGCAGCUCCCAUUUGACCUGACCAUGGGCGGCGCCAGAAUGAUUGCGAAGCAGUCUGUAGGGCCCGUGCUACAGCGAUCAUUCUGCUUUGGCAACGUGUAUCGUGACAGGCUCGAUACCGGCCAGCCAUAUGUGUUUGGAGAAGUUGACUUUGACAUUGUCACUACGGACACACUUGACCUCGCCCUUAAGGAGGCCGAGGUACUCAAGGUGAUAGAUGAAAUCGUCCAGACGUUUCCGUCCCUGUCGGGCGGCCAAAUGUGCUUUCACGUCGGUCAUUCAGACCUCCUGCAGCUCAUCUUUGACCAUUGCGGAGUCGAGCAAUCGUGCAGACGGCAGGCCGCCGAAGCACUCAGCAGGCUACACAUUUACGGCCAUACCUGGCAAAAAGUCAGGGUCGAGCUGCGUUCUACCACUGUGGGCGUGUCCGCCACGAGCGUGGACGAACUCCAGCGAUUUGACUUUCGAGACACUCCAAACAAGGCCCUCUCAAAGCUCAAGGCUCUGUUUGAGGGAAGUGAGCUCUACCAACGGGCGGUACCAACCAUGGCGCACCUUAAGGAGGUCGCAGAAUACUGCAAACGAUUUGGCGUGCUCACCAAGUUCUAUGUCAACCCCCUCAACAGCCUGAGAGAAAACUUCUUCAUGGGCGGCGUCAUGUUUUCAUGUGUCUAUGAUAGGAAAACUAGAGACGUGUUUGCAGCCGGCGGCCGCUACGAUCACCUCAUCAAGGAGAACCGUCCAAAGAUUGGCGGAAGCUUUGAGGAAAGACACGCUGUUGGAUUUAGUCUGGCUUGGGAGCGUCUGGCUCGUGUCCCUAACAAGAGUGCAAGCAAGACGUUUCUCAAGAAGCAGGAGUCGGAUCCCAAUAUGAUGUUUACGGGGAAACGAUGCGAUGUACUUGUUGCUUCGUUUGACAAGGCCAUCCUUCGGUCGACUGGCAUCGAGAUUCUGCAGCUUCUCUGGGACCACGACAUUAGCGCAGAAAUGGCCAAGGAUGCGCGAUCACCCGAGGAUCUGCUGUCGAAACACAGAGACGAAAACUAUUCGUGGAUUAUAGUCGUCAAACCCGAGUCCAUGCUCAAGGUCAAAACCAUGGGCCGCAAGGACGUACAAGAUGUGGACAUCCAGCUUGCGCAGCUCAUGGCCUGGCUUCGGGCUGAGCUCAAGGAGCGCGACUCUCGAACUCUGGCAAAACUUAGGGGCACCGCAUCACAUGGCGCCGGCGAAACGAGCGGGACUCACCACGGCGACCGCAACCAGGACCAGGACGUCAAGGUUCUCGUUGCCGGCACCAAGAGCAAGAAGUUUAAUCGCAGAACCGUGGUGGACCAGGCCCAAGCCAGCGCGAGCAACCUUAUGCGAAGCUACCUUGACGGACCAAUCUUGGCCAUUGAGACGACGGACCAGGUUAUGGACCUGCUUCGAGAGACCAAGCUUUCGGACCACGAGAGUUGGAAGAGUGUGGAACAUGCAGUGACGAUGGUGGAAAGGAGAUAUGUCCGGGAACUCCAAACACAGCUCGACACAUGGCGCUCAACGUAUGAGAGGAAGAACACAUCCAAGCACGCAUUCCUCUACAACUUUCGCACCGGCACCUGCGUGUACUAUGAUUUAAGUGCGUGA